UGUCGAGCGGUCGUGUGCAGCCUAACCUCCCGCGCCAACCACCUGUUUCACGCUUAACAAAAAUAAACACAAAUUUUUGUCACAGAAGUCCAAUCGACAUAAUAAUUCAUAUAAAAUAUCAGCAUUUCAUUUAAAACUUUUGUCCACAACAAGUUUCACACAGAAUUACUCAAGAACGAAAGCAAUUUUGUUAAUAGUCUUGUUUCAUAAGCGUUAUCGAUUCGUGGACAAAAGUUUUAAAAUAGUGAUCACUUCAGAUUCAAGUUAUAUACAAUUCUCUGGAGGAAAUAACGCGCAUCUCACAGUGGGUCUCAGUGUAUACGGUGUUAUAAUAUAAGCGUUGGAGGAUAAGAUCUCGUCGGAAGAAGCUGCGGAGAUGGAUGAGGACUUUGAAGAGACCGGCUCGAAUAUCUGGUGUCCGGGGUCGCGGUACCGACCUGAACCGCCAGAGGCUCUGGCCAGGGCGUCCCACUUCACGCAGCACGAGAUAAAACUUAUGUAUCGAGGAUUUAAGCAGGAAUGUCCGACGGGCGUGGUGGACGAGGAAGCCUUCAAGAACAUCUUCUCCCAGUUCUUUCCCCUGGGGGAUGCGACACAAUACGCCCAUUACGUGUUCAACACGGUCAAACACAAGCAGACAGGGAAGCUAAACUUCGAGGAGUUCCUCGAUACCCUCUCUCGGGUGGCGCGUGGUUCUCGCCAGGAAAAGCUUUCCUGGGUGUUCGCUCUUUACGACGUGGAUGGCGAUGGCCGUAUCUCCCGCAGCGAGAUGCUGGCUGUGGUACGAGCCGUCUACGAGCUGCUGGGCCGGGCUGCGGCUCCUCCUUUACACAAAGCAGCCGCUGAAGAUCACGUGGAUCGGAUCUUCCAUUUGAUGGACACGAACGCGGACGGCGUGGUGACCCCCGACGAGCUGGCGCGCUGGUGCGCGCGCGACCCCGCGCUGCUGCGCUCGCUGGACACGCUCGACACCGUGUUGUGAUCCCGCGAGGAGCGCGACGCGUGCGAGACGUACGGCCGUCGCGACGUUCUCGCUGCCUGUUCGUUACCCGUCGACACGGACACGCUCGGGACUCGAUCGACAAACUUAGACGACAAAUCUUCGACGAAAACCUUCGACAAAUCGAGAACAACAUCAACGACAUCGAUCAACACAUCCAAAACUGACAAAGACAGCACCGCAGACUCCAAGACCAACCUCAACAAGUGCAGCGGGCGGGUGGUGGCGAGCGUGCGGGCUCUGCCGCGCUCCUUGCCUGUGCCCAGCUCGCCCCUCCACGCAGGAACCAGCUCGCCUCGACAAGCGGGGACCAGCUCUCCUCGACACGCGGGGACCAGCUCGCCUCGACACGCGGGAACCAGCUCUCCCCGACACACAGUGACCAGCUCCCCGCGACGCGCGACGUUCUCCAGCUCUCCUGGGUCUAUGCGCCCGGUGGGGACGCCUCCCCCACCUCCACCGAGGAACAUAAGACGACAAGACUCGUCAGCCAGUUCAACACAGAGUCCACCAGCUGUUCCAGUCCGGAUGACUAUGAAUGUGACGGAGAACACAGCGAGGAAGACGAAGAGAAAAACGAGUAAGACGCCUCAAUGAGAUGUGAUCUGGUGCUUUGGAUGCUGGGAACAAAUCUUACAUGCUUCUUUAAUUAUUACUUGGACAUAUCUAGAUAUUAAACAAAUCUAAUUAUUAUUUAAUUACAAAUUGUCUAACUUCAGAUUGAUAAAAAUGUUCGAUUUCACGUGUAAUGUACGUUAACAAUGUUAUCUCAUUCUUUCGAAUGUCAAAACAAUGACGUCAGAAAGAGAUAGAUCGAUGUUUAACUACACACUCGUUGAACAACGUUAAUACGGCCAAAUGUAUGUGAUGUUGGAAUCAUUGCGGAUUUCAAUAAGACCGAUUCUAAAAUGACUUAUGAACUUACGUUAUAGUAUAUAACAUAAGCCUUAUUCUUAAUUUAUUAAUAAAUACUUAGGUGUUUUCAUCAUCUCCGAAUAAAAAAACUGCAUCGUACACGACGGAACUUCUUAAAAUAUAUUUCUCUCUUUCACUUUCUCGUAAGCGUAACGCGCCUCAGUUUUCUGAUAAUGAAAUAGCGGACACGACUUAUAUAUUAUAAGUAUAUAAUACAAUUUGUAAUUGAAUGGAUCAUAUUGUUUUGAU